CGACUCAUGAGGGUGUGUUCCUUCAUUUGCUCUCUUGCUGAUAAUUGUUUACAGGGUCAUUGUUACUUUUAUCUACCGGCUAAAGUUGUAUUUUUUAUGUUAAAUGAUUGUCUUUGAAAUAACUCAAACAUCAGUUGAAGUAGAGAGGAGAGAAAAAAUAUAUAAAAAAGGCGGAACCAAAAUAACAACUCGUAUCCAACGUCGGAAAUUGACAGUGUGACACCCAGCGGAAGUAAACAACGGAGUUAGCGGGGGAAAGAUGGAACGUUAGUAGUCUUCGCGGAGGUAAAACAACAAUGUCGUCAGUUGAGAACAUGAGAAAGUUUGUCCACGAGCGGCUGACUGCUGCUGCGGAAGAAAUAUUCGGAGUUUUUGAAAAAACUAUCUUCGAGUACCAGGAAGAGGUCGACCGUCAGCGCAGACUGCUGGACAUCGUUUGGAAACCUGAAAUAAAGCUACGCAGAACAGAGCUCCUAGAGCAACAUGUCUGUAAGGAAGAGGAGGAGGAAGAGGAGGUUCUCUCUGAGCAGCAGCUCUGUAUUCAGGAGAGGAGCUCCAGUCUGGACCAAGAGGACCCAGCGCCUCCACAGACCAAAAAGGAACAAGAGGAACUCUGCACCAGUCCGGAGGGAGAGCAGCUUGAGCUGAAGCAGGAGAAGGAGACCUUCAUGUUGACUCCUACUCAUGAGGAAACGGACCACAGUGAGCCAGAACCCACAACUGACCACCAGCUCGUAGCUGAGAGCCCAGAUUGUAAAGGAAGUGAGCAUGAAGACUCUGAAUCAACCAGAAAUCCAGAGCCAGAACCAAAGAAAAUAGAUCCCAAAAAUAGAAGUCACUGUGACAAUGAGAACUUGUUAAUGAUUCCCAAUGAUACUCAAAUCGGGAAAGCACUUUUCCAAUGUGAUACAUGUGGAAAAACUUUCACGUCCAGGUCAGGUUUGUCUUCACACCUGAGAACCCACACACGCGAGAAGCCCCUUUCUUGCACAUUAUGUGGAAAACGAUUUAGUGUGACAUCAAAAUUGAAUGCUCAUACAAGAAUCCACACAGGCGAGAAGCCAUUUACUUGCAAAACAUGUGGAAAGAGUUUUGGACGUAGUGGUAGCUUGACGGACCACAUGAGAACGCACACAGGCGAGAAGCCAUUUACUUGCAAAACAUGUGGAACGAGUUUUGGACGUAGUGUUAUCUUGAUGGUCCACAUGAGAACGCACACAGGUGAGAAGCCAUUUCCUUGCAAAACAUGUGGGAAGGAUUUUAUAUCUAAUGCUAACUUGAAGGUCCACACAAGGACACACACAGGUGAGAAGCCAUUUUCUUGCAAAACAUGUUCGAGGAAUUUUGGAAGAAGUAGUAGUUUGACGGUCCACAUGAGAACACACACACGUGAGAAGCCAUUUUCUUGCAAAAUAUGUAGAAUGAAUUUUCCAUAUCGUUCUCACUUGAAAAACCACAUGACGACACACAGGUGAGAAGCCAUUUUCUUUCAAAACGUAUGGAAAAGAUUUUGGACGUAAUGAUGACUUGUUGGUUCACAUGUGGAGAGCCCUCUCUGGGUAGAAGCCGUAACUGCAAGAAAACAUAAUUUGAGGCUACUCUGUUGACGAGGCUCAUAAGAUCACAUACAGACACGUAGCCUUGUGUUUGCAAAAUGAAGAAAGAAACCCUCUCUUUGUAUCGGUGAGUCAGUAAUGUUGACAUUAGACAACUUCUGUUUUCUGUCUACCUCAUUAAACAUUUCCAUGUAGUUUGUAAUUUCAUUAACUUGAAACAAUUAUCGUUGUUUUGGAUUUAAAAAGUGGCCCACAAACAAAUUGCAGGUGGUGUGCAACACGGUGCUGUCAAAGAAUCAGCCGGAGCAAUAGUGAACAAAGGUGAAUGAAAAGUAGGAAUCAGUGCUCGAAGGGAAGUGGGCAGCAAAAUGCAGUUGUUUUUCUUACCUCUUUUAUGUAUUCUGAUGAUAAAGUGAUGUGAGGUGAUGAAUACCAGAUUCACGCUGAGGUCUAAAGCUUUAAGUAUAUUAUGUUCAUCAAGGCUGCACAUGUGUCUCACUGACAUGAAGAGAAAAAGUAGUCAUAGUGAAGAACUGUUAAGUUAUACCAUACAAGAGUUGUUUUAAUGUUGGAGCUCACAGACUGUUUAUUGUUAAUUUAUGACUUAAUACCGUAGCUGAUGGUUUGAUCAGUGGGGCAUCCUCAUGUUGAACAAGCUGUGCUGGAAUGUAACUGCAUGAACUCAAAUACUGUAAUAUUGUACAACGCUGUCCUCAGAUGGCUAAGAUUUCAUUUAAAUUCCACACAGAAUCUUGAGCUGAAAAAAUGUAAAUACAUUUGAGGUAUAUUUGUACUUUUAAUAUUUCUACUUUACUACAUUUUACAGGCAAAUGUUGUAUUUUUUAAGCCACUCCCUUUUAAUUAACAGCUAUAGUUAGUUUGCUGAUUAAGAUUUUAACGAACGAAAAUUGAUAUAGUGCCUUCAAUCUGUUUUCUUGUUAAACUAUGCAUCACUGUGUGAACCUUGUAAACAAUUAAAUCGCUCCACCUCAA